AGAACUAUUAUUAUAAAACAUCCAAAUAUUUACCAAAAGUAGAAUUAAUUUAGGCUUGUACUUGCGAACUUGCAAGUGAAAGAUAGAAAAAAACAAAAUAUAAUUACUUUAGAGAAUGUGCUGCUUUUUAAAAAAAUAGUGAAAAGAAUGGGAAAUUAUUGUCAUUCUGGUGAAUCAAAACAAGAUGAUGAUAAUGCAUCAGAAAAAUCUACAACACCACCAAUACUGAAAAAUUUAUCGGAUCACAAUUACACAGAAAACUACGAUCAAUCAAAUUCUCAGGAUAAUGUUCAAACCAUAAAAGAAGCAAUUUAUUUAGAAGAAACACUAUCCACCGAAAAUGUUUUAGAUAAAUCUGAUUUGAAUGCUUUGAGUGGCAGUUCGAAUUCUCCUAAAUUAGAACACCUGCCACCUUUACCUCCUGCUUUACAUUUAUUGUAUGGCAACCCCAACAUGAUAUCUAAAAUACAAAAGGAAUCGAAAAUUGUUUUCUAUAUUUUAUCACCUACUCUAGGUCCUUCGAUUGAAAAAGAUGUAUUUUUUAAAUGUUUUGAUUAUGUUAAUCGAAAAUACCAGUGCUCAGAGGCAGAUUUUGAGAUACAUAUGUACGACCUUCAUGAUGACCAUGCAACAACAUCAAAAACUUUGUGGAAAGAAAAACAACCUUAUAUUCAAGGCUCGGAACAACAUGACCAAGCUGCAAAUUGCUUAUUUGCCAUUUCCAAAUAUAUAAACAGCUGCUACCUCGUACCUAUAUUGAUGUUAAACGAUUCAGUUGGAGAUAUAUUACUUCCAUUGUCAUUUGAAACACAAGAUUUUGUUUCUCUAAUUAGUAAAGUGGAACAACAAAAUCCAGAAGAUAAGUUGUUAGUAGAAAAAUGGUAUAAGCUUGAUAAGAAAUCCAAACCCCAAUGUUACAGGCUCCAAAUAAAGAGCAAUAUGAUAGAAAAAAAAGAAUCAGAGCGUGUGUUACAUAUUUUAACGGAAAAUUUAUCGGUUGAGCUAUUAGAUCUAUAUCUGACCACUAUUGUGGAACAAGAAAUCAACCACACAAUACUUUUCAAUCAAGAUGUUGCAAAACGUUGUCUUUGGAUUCAAAAUACAUGUGAAACACAAAAUAGCAGUGAAAUAGGAAAAUUGGAAAGUGAAAAUUUAAGACGUAUUACAAAUUUGCGACAAGAGCUUUCUAUGCAUUUAUCAGAUAAUCAAGUGUUUGGAUCGAAUUUCCUUACAUCGGUUCAACAGGAUCAACUGGAAUUAGCCUUACAGGCAUCCCUCUGUAAUAUUGUAGAAAAUAUUAUAGAUGAUUACAGUUCUAAAGUGAAAGUUCCAAAUUGUACAAAUGGUGUUGAUAGACGCUUACUAUUUGAGUUAGAUAGUACAGAUCGUUUUAUAAAAUAUCUUAUACAAAAUCGUGCAAAUUUUGACAUUUUAGACGAUAUUAAGAGUUUUUAUCAGUCGAGCUCCAAAAAUAUUAUGAUAGUUGAAGGACUUUCUGGGGCAGGAAAAACAACCCUUAUAGCUAAAAUUGCAGAUGUUAUAAAUUUGUGGAAACCAAAUACUAUAAUCAUAACAAGAUUUUGUAAAAUGUCAUAUUACAAAUGUACACCUUUGAUGUUGUUAAGAUCAAUUGUCGAGCAAUUAUCAAUGUUGAUAAUGAAUAAACCUUAUCAAAAAUAUGAAAAUGACCUACAGUCUGUGUUAGCCACAUUAAAAGAAAUAUUAUCGUCAACUAACAAACCAAUUUGUUUUUUAUUUGAUGACUUUCACAUCACAUUCAAAAAUAAAUUAGAAGAUGUUACUUGGUUAAACUCAAUGUUUACCCCGCAUAUUAAAUGUAUCAUAACUCUGCCAGUGUAUGAAAAACCACCAACUGAUGUACUAACAUUGAAAGAUUUCCAAUCAAUUGAUGUCCAAAAACUAGAGGUAGUACAAAUAAAAUGUCCAGCAUCUCAAUGGAAAAAUAUAAUAACACAUGGUAUAGGCGAUAUUAAUACUACAAUUAUGAAUUCAGAUUUACUGGCCACUUGGUCUACCACCGAAGAAAGAAUAUUAGUAAAAGCCAAGAUACUAUGGUGGUUAACGUGGUUGGGUGUAGGCGAUUUACCUGAAAUGUCACUUAAACUUUUGUCGUUCAAAGUCCUAAACGUAAUAGAGGAAAUGUUUGGAGAAGAGAUUACCUCUUAUUUCAUUUCCAUUAUUGCUGCGUCUAGGUGUGGACUUCUUGAAUCCGAGCUGAUAGAAUUGUUCAAAGAAAAGUACAAUGAAAAAUCUUAUUCAAUAAACUCGAGAUUCUUAUGGGGCAAAUUCAGCUGGGCGAUAGGAUCACUUUUAUCAAAUGGAAAAAAUGUCUAUUUCGUUGACAGUGUAUUGAUGGAUGCUAUUAAAGAAAAAUAUGCACAACAGAUUGCAGAUGCACAUAAAAUAUUAUUAAAAUAUUACACAUCACAACCUGAUCAGUACCAACAUGAAACAUUUAAGAGAUGGAAUCUGCAAAAGUUUACUGAACUGCCCUAUCAGUCGUCAAUUAUUGACAAUGAAAAUUUUAAUAUGUCAAUAUAUAUGACCGAUCUUUCUUGGAUUUCAUCAAAGUUAGAUUGUUUAGGAAUUUGCUCGUUUUUUGAGGAUACCUUAUUGUGUAAAAGUGAAAACUCAGCACAUAUUCUUUUUUUGUGCCAAAUUAUUAACCAAAAUUUUACUUCUCUUACGUUUGAUGCUCUACAAAUACACGCACAUAUGCAAAGCUCCGAAGAAAAGCUUCAGAAUUCUCAAACUAUUGAUCCCUUUAUUAAAAAAAAAUGGAUGUCUGGUCUGAAUAUAAAAUCAACUUACCUCAAGGAGAAAAACAUUGUUGAUGUUGAAAACUCCGAGUCUUAUUCUUAUGAUACAGCUGUCAGUCUUAGUUGUCCAGGAAAUUAUGUGGUUAUGCUAAGUAAAACAGACCAACAACUUUGUGUUUGGGAUGUGGAAAGGUGUAAAAAAGUUCGUGUACUCAAAAAUGUUCCUCAACCUCAGUCAAUUUCUUUGGUAGGAGAGUAUUGUGUGGCAGUAUUGUGCAAUCGAGAGAUUAAACUAAUAGACUUGGAUAAUGGAAAACAUGUGCUUACUCUGAAAGGUGUAAUGAACCAGAAAAUGCCCUAUUUUGCCGUUCAUGAUCCUGAACAUAUAGUUUGUCUUUCGAGAAACCGAAUGUAUGUGAAUUUGAUGAAUUUAAAAUCCGGAGAUUGCAUCACAACCUUCAAAGCGGGAGAGGAUCGAUUUUUAAAUUCCUUACUGGUAUCAGGGGAUGGAAGGAUAUUAGUAUGUGGAGACGAAACGAGCAAACCUUUUCCAUUGCUGGUAUGGAACUUAACCCAAAGAAAGUUACUUUACGAUUUACGUAUACCUCAUCAUGACUUUGUAACUGCAUUAUCAGCCAUCACUCAUGAAGGUUCAUAUGUUGCUGUUGUGGCUAAGGAAAUUGUAGAACCAUCACCCAAUUUCAUUGUUGUAUAUGAUCUUCAAAGUGGAACGUUAUUCAAAAAAUGGAAACCAGCAUGUAACACUGUAGCUUUAUCGAUUUCCCAAAAGAAUAUGUGUGUGAUUGCUGGACUUGAAGAUGCAAAAAUUGUUAUGUGGGAUUUAAUAACAGGAAACUGUCGAGGUACAUUAGUAGGGCAUACUGCACCAGUCACUUUACUAAAAAUUGACACAUCAGGAAGGAUUUUGCUUUCUGGUGAUAUUGAAUGUAGAGAUCAAUCGAUUAGAAUAUGGGAACUACACACGGGAUUGCAUUUGGCAACAUACACGCCGAAGCUAAAUAUUUUAGCUUGUGAAUUAUCAUCAGAUGGCAAUUAUGUGGUUCUCACUUUCAAAGGUUCUUCGGCCGUUCAAACAUUAGAGCUGCGUGGGUUAGAUUAUUUAAAAAAACAAAACAACUCUACUUUUGGAAACGAGGAUUUUGAAGGAACUGUUUUUGAUUUGAAUUGUUAAAAUCAUAAACUAUGUAAUUAAUUUCUAAAAUA